AUGAUUGGAUUGAAGGGUACACUUAACGUAAUUGACAACUCUGGAGCUAUUGUUGCUGAAUGCAUUCGUGUGAUGAGUGGUGCUCGUUUUGCUAGAGCUGGUGAUGAGAUUGUUUGUGUAGUGAAGCGUGCCAGACCUAUCAACCCAAAUAUCGCAGGCACCCAAGCAGCUGCACAAAAAGUAAAGAAGGGUGAUGUUCGCCAUGCACUUGUUGUUCGCACAAAGAAGGAAAUGUCUCGCCCUGAUGGCCGCACCAUUCGCUUCGAUGAUAAUGCCUGUAUUUUAUUAAACCAAAAGAAGGAGCCUCUUGGUACUCGUGUUUUGGGUGUCGUCUCUGCAGAAUUAAGGACAAAGAACUGGAUGAAGGCUGUUUCUCUUGCACCCAGAAUUGUAUAA